UCCAUAGAUCCCCUGCUGUUUACGACGACCAAAGAGAUACGACGUACACCACCAAUCUUCUCUCAAAUCGUGGCGUGGGAAAAAAUAACAGGUCUCAGGCCUAAUUUUUGUUAUUACUAAAUAGUAACAUCAAUGAAAACCUAUUUACUCAUGGGCGUAAAAACUAUUCUCUUGAUUGCUUCAAAGUUAUGGGAAAUUUUCAGCUAUGUGAUACGCAGGAACAUUCGGAAAUUUAUCCAGCACCAGACAGUUCGCUACGAAAUCCAGCCUCUUUCACCCCUUUCAAAGCACAAAUUAGAUCUGGUGAAGAGGAAGACAUUAGUGCUUGAUCUCGAUGAAACAUUAAUUCACUCAUAUCAUGAUGGAUUAAUAAGACCAAACUCUAAGCCAACUAUUCCUCCUGACUUUGUUCUGAAGGUAACUAUUGAUGCCCAUCCAGUACGGUUUUUUGUUUACAAAAGACCACAUGUAGACUUCUUUUUGGAUGUU